AUGUGUAAGGUUGAGAUCUGCGCGACAAGCAGCACGUGCUGGGUGCAGUAUUACGUGAAGCCUCCCAAAGGCGGCAAGCAAAAUCGCCGAGCGCUCGUCAAAGUGGAGGAGCUGAUGCGAGUGCAGCAGGAUCAUGAACGCUCGCCUAGUUCGUCACGGGCUGUAAGCGCCAGAGCUUCUGAAGAACCCGAUUCCGCAUUUGAGUGCCUGGGCGUUGUCAGUGUCAUGCGCACCCAAGAUCACUCAAGAUCACUCAAGCCAGCAGGGCCGGCUGGGCCUCCGAAGGCUACACACCGACGGUGGCCGAGCGACUUGGAGCCGAUGGCUUGUUCCAAUAGCGCAUGCUGUUACUGUUACAUUCUUACUACUACUACUACUACUACUACUACUACCACUACCACUACCACUACUACCACUACUACUACUACUACUACUACUACUACUAGUACUCCUGCUGCUCCUCCUGCUGCACCUGGCUACUGCACUUUCAAAAUUUCUAUUGUGCUGGUGCCAAGACUUGAACUCCCUCGAACUCAGGACGAUGCCUGCACAACGUGGGCUCAGGCAGGCAGUCGGCAUUUUCUCUUCCUGUCUAUCAUUUCCACAGUCCUCAUCUCAUGCAGAAUUAUAUGA